AUGUGGUAUAUUGCUGAUGCUCCUUUUGACUUAAUUUUGUGGCUUGAUUUGAUUCUUAACUUUUUCUAUCCUUAUAGAGAUGCUAUGAACUUGUGGGUUGAUGAUUUUAAGAAAACUGCCAAAAGGUAUGCAGUCAAAGAAAAACUUGGAUUAUGGACAGAUUUGAUUUCAUUAUUUCUUCUUGAUUGGAUUCCAGUCGCGGUUGCUACUUCAAGUAACGAUCCAAGCCAGUCCUAUCGUGCAGUUUGGAGGUUGAAUAGAGCUCUAUUAUUUUUCAGAGCCCUUAAAAGAUUCCCUAAAAUUGAAGCUCUUAUUCCUGCCAAAUUCGCAUCGAUUGCCAAGAUGUUCAAAUUACUUAACUUUGUCAUUAUCGUCGCAAUGUCUGUUCACAUUUCAUCAUGUGUUUGGUUUUCAAUUGUUAUGGCUGAAUAUCCUGAUUCACAAGUAUUUACACUUAGUGCCUCAAUUUUUGAGCCAUCAACCACUACUUUGUACAAGUAUAUGUAUGGUUUUUACUGGAGUUUAGUUUCCAUGGCAGGAUAUGGAGGUACCAUGCCUGUCUCUGAUUUACAGGUUGCUUUUGUAGCUAUUAUUUACUUAGUAGGAAUCGCUGUCUUCGUUACCGUCAUUGGUAUCGUCUCUUCAUUAGCUCAGGAUUUAAAUGUAACAGAAAGUGCUUUUAUAGAAAAAGUGGAUGCAGUAACAGACUAUAUUAAUUCAAGAGGAUUGUCAGCUUCCUUAAAAAAGCAAAUUUUACAAUAUUACCAAUAUCUAUGGAAGAGUAGAAAAGGAUUGGAUGAGUCAAAGAUUAUUAGAGAACUUCCUGAUUUUUUGAAAAUAGAUGUUGCUAUGCAGCUUAAUGCUGAUAUUGUAAAAAAGGUUGAAUUGUUCAAAUCUUGCUCUCAGAACUUUAUUCAUGAAGUUGUUAUUAACUUGAAACCUAGAAUUGUCAUGCCUGGAUCUUAUGUGAUCAGAGAAGGAGAACCAGGAAAUGAAAUGUUUUUUAUUGGAAAAGGUGUAGUGGAAGUUAGAUCUAAAACAGGAGUUUUGUGGUCAACCCUUGGAAGUGGUUCUUUUGUUGGCGAGACUGCUCUAAUUGAUUCUGUUAAAAGAACAGCCAAUGUUAUUUCAAUCGAAUAUGUUGACUUGUUCGUGUUAGAAAAGGAAGCUUUUGAUGAAAUUAUGUCAACUUAUCCUGAAGAUGCCAAAAAUGUUAUUGCAACCAGCGAGGCAAGAAAACAAAUGAACAAACAAAAGGCAGCACAAUCAGCCCUCAAUCUCAAAGGAGACACAAUUCCAUAUGAAGAAAUUACCAAACUAUUGGAAAAGAUUUCAAUUGGCCUUGUUUAUCAAAAUGUAGAAGGAAACGACUUGUUCAAAGCACUUUCAGUAGUUAUUCACGAUCCUGCAGAGGUAAUUAUUCAUCACAUGGAUGAAUAUUUACGAAAUAAGAAUAAGGAAAUGCAAAGUAUUAUUCUUCCAAACGCAAAUUGUGCUGAUAUGGAUCAAUUUAUGGAAAAGUUGAAAAAAGGUGAACAUAAGGCUGGUGAAACUGAAGUUAAGGUUAUUGCUUUGCAAAUGAGAAGAACAAUUAUUGUUGCGAAUCCUAUAGAUGGAGGUAAAUUUAUUAUUCACGGACAUGAUGGAUCAACAUCUGAAGUUUUCGAAUUGCAUGAUUUGAGUGAUUCUGAUAGAUUCCACAAACCUGUUAUUAUUAUCACUAGUGGAAAACCAGGUGUUUACUUGGCAACCAGAAAGAAAUAG